AAGCAUGGAAAUGUCAAAUGUACUAGAUAAACGUUCUUGACAGUAUUGAAUUGAUUAUUCUUAACCAGAAGUCAAGAUGGACGAGUCUUCAAAGCAUCACAAUCCCAACCCGGUUGUUACGGCGAAUCCUAUUUCAAAACUGUUUUUCUGGUGGAUGAACCCAUUGUUCAAGAAGGGCUAUGUACGACAACUUGAGGUGGAGGACAUGUAUAAUGUGGUUGCAGAGGACCAAUCAGACAGGCUUGGAGACCAGCUUGAAAAAGAGUGGGCAAAAGAGAUUGAGAAAUCUAAUGCUGGCCGGGGCAAACCCAGUCUAUUCUGGGCACUAUUUCGGAUGUUUGGGCUCGAAUACAUGCUGUUUGGGCUUGUUCUUCUUUGCGAGGAGAUGACAAAAAUAGUCCAGCCCCUGUUGCUUGGGGGACUAAUCCGCUAUUUCACCCCCGGGUCCGAGGUAACGAAAACCGAGAGCCUCCUGUAUGCGGGCGGUAUAAGCCUGUGCGCUGUUAUCCUCGCCGUCUCACAUCACCCGUACUUCUUUGGGGUACAGAGGAUCGGGAUGAAGAUGAGAAUAGCGUGUUGUUCUCUAUUGUACAGGAAGAGUUUGCGACUUAGUAAUGAUGGCCUGGCUGGGACAACAACGGGCCAGAUUGUCAACCUCAUGUCAAACGAUGUGAACAGAUUUGAUCAGGCUGUGAUAUUUUUACACUUCCUGUGGGUUGGUCCCCUGGAAGCAAUAGCUGUAUUAGCAAUACUGUGGAGACAGCUGGGCCCAUCCACACUUGCUGGCUUUGCUGUGUUGUUGUUGUUGGUUCCUGUCCAGGGUUAUAUGGGAAAAUUGUUUUCAAAGUUCAGACAAAAGACAGCCAAAUAUACAGAUGAACGUGUUAGAUUGAUGAAUGAAAUAAUCGCCGGAAUGCGGGUAAUAAAGAUGUACUGUUGGGAAAAACCGUUCGGUGAUCUUGUUAAGAACGUUAGAAGAAGAGAGAUAGCACUGAUCUGGAAGAAAAAGAUCCUGUCGGCAAUUACGGCUUGUAACUGGGUUGUGGGCCCUCGGAUAAUGUACUUCGUAGUUGUUGUAACGGCUGCUCUUGUGCUUGGACCGGGGUCGCUCAAGGCCACUGUGAUGUAUGUUGUCAUUCCCUUGUUGUUUUUCGUUACUCAAACAAUGAUGGGAUAUCUCUUCAUGACUGUCCAGACAUUGCAGGAGACUCGAAUAACAAUGGGCAGAGUUGCUAACUUUUUGUUACUGAAUGAGCUCCCUUGUACAAGCUCUCCAGGAAGUGCUGAAGAAGGUGUGAUGCCAGCUGAUUGCAAGGUUGUCAUUGACAACGUGUCUGCUAAAUGGGACAAAGAGCUUGAACAACCAACAUUGAAGAACGUAUCUGCAACAGUUGGACCUGGAAAGUUGCUGGCUGUCAUAGGCCCAGUGGGGGCAGGCAAGUCUUCGCUGCUGAUGGCAGUGUUGCGGGAGCUGUCACUCUCGCAGGGGGAGAUAACAGUGAAAGGGCGGGUAGCUUAUGUCUCUCAAAUGCCCUGGGUCUUCUCUGCGACCCUGCGACAAAACAUAACCUUUGGAAACAAGUAUGAGAAAGCCAAGUAUGACCGCAUUCUAAAGGCUUGUGCUCUCAAUAAGGACAUAGCCAUCAUGCCCCAUGGAGACCUGACCCUUAUAGGUGACCGAGGGGUCAGCCUGAGUGGGGGUCAAAGGGCCAGGGUAAGCCUGGCCAGGGCCCUGUACAUGGACGCAGAUGUGUAUCUCCUAGAUGAUCCACUCAGUGCUGUCGAUACUGCAGUGGGAAGGCAUAUAUUUGAAAAUGUUGUCCAGGGAUAUUUGAAGAAGAAACCAAGAAUUCUAGUCACUCAUCAACUUCAAUUCUUAAAAGAGGCAGAACAAAUAGUUAUCAUUAAAGAGGGAGAGAUGAUAGGUAAAGGCACAUUCCAAGAGCUGUCCAAGUCAGGGAUUGAUUUCUCCUCCCUUUUAAAACAUGAUGAAGAAGAACCUCAGAAAAUCCGCUCUGACCCAGGCCUGGGUCACAUCCAUGCUCUACAGCGCAGUUUCUCCCACGAUCCUCAAAACAGGUCACAUGUCAUUCACUCUGUCUCACAUGACCUACAUUCGAAGUCACAAGAUCAAGUGAACGGUCAUGUGACUGCUGACAAUUUGAAAAGAGUGAGGCUGGAUUCCUGUUCAAGACAUUCUCUACAUGAUUCCCUUAGGGGCUCUGUGAUGUCGCUGGAUUCCAUUGGGGCUGAAUUUGAUGCAGAAGAAGUUCAACUGCCAGAAGAAGAGGAAAGGCAUGAAGGAACUGUUGGCUUCAAGGUUUACAUAGAGUAUUUCAAGGCAGGGGCAGGCAUCCUCAAGUUUUUGCUGUUGACUUUCCUAUGUUUGGCUGCACAGGGGGCGUAUAUUGUCAGCGAUUGGUGGCUGUCUUACUGGUCUAAUUCAGAAGAAGCUCGCUACGCUGCCAUGGAAAAGCAUGCAAGUCUACUUGCCGAAGGUUACAAUGUCACCAACGUGACCAUUCCGGAUGUGGACACUCACUUUAACAUUUCAGUCUUCAGUGGAAUUAUAGGGGCUGUGUUUCUGUUUGGCAUUCUGCGGGCUCUUAUGUUCUUCAAGGUCACAGUUGACGCCUCGCAAGCUUUACACAAUACAAUGUUUACCAGCGUAUUACGAUCACAGAUUGGAUUUUUUGACAACAACCCUGUUGGUCGUAUUCUUAACCGGUUUUCCAAGGACAUUGGCCACAUGGACGACCUUCUUCCCAUAACCUUCUUUGAUUUUACCCAGUGUGCCCUGCUUAUUCUGGGCAUUGUUGGCGUGGCAGGAGCUGUGAACCCGUGGGUGUUUCUGGUAGUGGCCCCACUGAUCGUGCUGUUUGUGGUUAUACGCAGAUACUACAUACGCACUUCUAGGCAUAUCAAACGGCUGGAGGGAUCAACACGUAGUCCAGUAUUCUCCCACCUAAGUGCCAGUCUACAGGGCCUCCACACUAUACGAGCAUUUGAGGUCCAGGAAAAAUUCAUCGAGGAAUUUGACUCUCACCAGGACCUGCACACCGAGUCUUGGUUUCUGUUUCUCUCAUCGUCGCGCUGGCUCGCGAUCCGUCUAGACUGGCUGUGUGCCAUGUUUGUUUCUGCUGUCUCCUUCUUCUGUGUGCUGGCUGCUGAUUCUUUGGAUGCAGGUUUGGUUGGCCUUUCUAUGACGUAUGCUAUGACCUUGAUGGGGAUGUUCCAGUGGGGGGUCAGACAAAGUGCGGAGGUUGAAAACCAGAUGAUCUCAGUGGAGAGGGUGCUUGAUUAUGCCAAGCUGCCUUCGGAGGCCCCACUAGAGAGCUCUGAUGACCACAAGCCAGCCCUGACCUGGCCUCAAAAUGGGGCAAUCUCGUCAGAGAAGGCCUCUCUCAAGUACUCUCCGGAUGCCCCAACUGUGCUGAAAAACCUCUCCUUUAAUAUCAAGGGACGAGAAAAGAUAGGAAUAGUUGGCCGCACAGGAGCAGGAAAAAGCUCUCUGAUCACGAUGUUAUUCCGCUUGGUUGAACCGACGGGGCAUAUCAUGAUUGAUGACGUUGAUAUACAAGAGAUUGGACUGCAUGAACUACGAAAACAUAUCUCCAUUAUUCCACAGGACCCAGUGUUAUUUACGGGAUCCCUGAGGAGGAACCUUGACCCGUUCAGUAACCAUAGCGACGAUGCAAUGUGGAAGGCAUUAGGAGAGGUCCAGCUAAAGCCAGCAAUUGAAGAGCUCCCCAAGGGUCUGGAUUCUGAGGUGUCAGAGGGGGGGGUUAAUUUUUCCGUGGGACAGCGUCAGCUCAUUUGUCUGGCACGUGCCAUUCUCGGCAGCAACAAGAUCCUCAUGAUCGACGAGGCUACAGCAAAUGUGGAUCCCAGGACCGAUGCGCUGAUCCAGCUGACUAUCCGGGAAAAGUUCCGAGGCUGUACUGUUCUUACUAUCGCUCACCGUCUUCACACCAUAAUGGACUCUGACAGGCUUCUUGUACUAGACGAUGGCAAGAUCGAAGAGUUUGAUGCACCAUUCAUGCUUUUGAAAAAGAAAGAUGGUUUGUUAAAACGGCUUGUCGAGCAAACAGGACGAGCAGAGAAUGCUAACCUCGUGGAAAUAGCAAGAAUUGCCUAUGAGACACGCAAUAACAUGGAUCUGGAUGAUGAAAGUAAGGCGUCAAAUCUAGCAGAAAUCAUCCGAGCUAUUUCGGAACAUGACGUCUCCAAAGUGAUUGAUGAAGACGAAGAAAGGCAGAGUAAGGGGAAUGGGUCUGAGCACGAUGAUGACGAGGGUGGUGACUAUGGUGAUAUGGACAAAGUUACGCACAAAGAUAGCAAAGAGGAUUCAGACAGUGACGUUGAUAAAAAGCAAGCCAGUGAGGAUGUUCAACCAAAUCACUCUAAAAACAAGGACAAAGAUGGAGAAAAAGAAGGGAGUCAAGAGCAAUUGACAGAAGAUGAAAAGGUUGUCAGAGAAUCUAGCCAAUUAGAAGAUGAUGAUGGAAAAAGUGAUGAGACAACAAAAUUGUUGGACCAGGAUGAGAAGGAUGUCAAAAAGGAGAAAAAUGGCAAAAGACAGUCAACCUCAGGAAGCGACAGUUCCAGUAGUUCCAGUAAUGAUAGUGGUUCAGAUAGUGAACAUGAAAAGCAAGGUCUUCUGUCUGAGAAAGACAAAUAACAUUUGACCUUGUUUAAAGACUGUAGAUGCAUUUUCCCUUGUAGAUGUGUAGGGUGUAUUUUUCCCGGCAUUUUUAUGGAUUCUUAGUUGAUUACUGUACUGUAAGGAUGCUAACCCUAAUGCAAAACUAUGAGCUCAUUCUGUUGUCAAUCAAUGUAUUGGUCACAAUUUUAUUGAUAGGGCAUCUGCCAUCACCAUUUUUUUAAACCUAUAUCCCAGUGAACAACAGUUUACCAAAUAAAAAUUGAAAUUUUACUGGAAAGUUUGAAAAAAUCAUUCUAAUGGACCUAAUAAAAAAUGUACUUGCAGGGCGCAUCUAUAAGGACAAAUACAGUACAUGUAUACACAUAAGUUCUGAUGUUAACUGUGAUCAGUGAUCGACUGUGAAAAAUUAAUCUUAUACCUAUAUUAAUCAAGUUGUAUUUGAUGUUUUUAUAGGCACGAUACUUGCCUGAAAUAAAAUUGUUAGAAUGCAUGUUGUGAGAAUGUGGAAUUUUGUUUGGAUAAUAGAUCGUUAAAUUGUUCGCUUAUUUCUUUUGUACCAAAGAAUUUGAAAGUUCAUUCAGUCUUAUUGAUUUUAAUUUGAUAAUAAUUUGUUUAAAUAAGAAGCUGAAGUCGUUCCUUCUUCAAUUAUAAUAUCAUUGAUUUUAUUUGAUAAACAUACAUGUACUUAUAUUUUAAACCCCUUAUACUGUAUUUCAAUUUGACCAUGAAAAAAAAUAAGGAAUCAACUUAAGUUAAGAAAUUACUUGAGAUGUUUUAUGAAUACACCGCCACUGGUGGGAAAGCCUUUUAACAUUAAACCAGCUAAAUGUCAUAGUUCAGAUUUCAAUCUUAUCAUAAAUAUUCACAGAUCAAAGCAAAUUUUAUCAUUUAUAUAGAAUUUUACUCUAAAUGAAUUAUGCGACUUGCUUUAAAUUAUGUAAAGUAUUACAAAGAAAUACAUGUAUUUGAGCACUUAAUGUCUGAACAGUCAACUUGUUUUUAUUUUUAUUUGUUUUCUUGUUACUAAGUUAGAGGACGGCAUUUAAGUUUUACCCCCACAAAAAAACAGGUUUGAGUACACAGGAGUGAGCCUGUCGGUUGGUUGGAUUCGUCCAGGUGAUUAUUCAUAAAAGGGUCAACAGUUACUGUAUUAAUUCAUUUUUGGUACACUUGUCUACCACCAUAACAUGGUUACAAAUCUUUAAAUUCUUAUGGAAUAGUAGCAAUUUUACAACUAAAAGUUUGCACUCAAAAAAGCAGUUUCCAGACAAUAACUUAUGAAAUGGUCGAUGGCUUUUAAUAAUUUUGAUAACAUUCUACUAUUCUCUUGUGAGGUGUCAUGUGGGGGUAUUGGUCACAACUGUGACAGCUUAAGUUGUUUUCAAAAUUAUUUUAAUUCAAGGUUUGUAUCGGAUGGGCUUUAGGGCCAAUGAUUGUUAAUGGUAUUUAGCACAUCUAUUUUUCGAUGAAUAAAGGUUGAGGUUUUGUCAAAGUAUUGGUGUUGUUAAACAUUGGUGUUGUCAGUAUGCAAACAGGCCUUAACUAAAAAGAAUGGUCAAGAUAUUCAAAUGCAAGUUGGUACUCAUGUUGCCAUGACGAUACUGGCUCCUUACAACAAGGCCCAUUGCUGUUAUAAUCAUUGAGGACAAUUGUGCCCCUUUAUAGACUCACAACAACAGCAGUAGUUGAGUGAUGGCGUUAUGAUACAUCCCAUAUUUCUGAGAGGUUUCCCAGGGGAUUUUGGUCUGAAUUCCAGGGGAUUUCGAUAUAACACCAGGGGAUUUUUUCGUGGCAAAAUUUUGAGCAAUAUGCGCAUUUAUAAUAUAAGAAUAAACGCAGAAAUACACUCUUAUUACAAUAAUUUUUGGACUUAGUCAUCAUGGUCCUUCAUGGAAUUUUACACUCAUAAUAUUAUGGAUGCCUUCCACUGUCAACCUUAAGCAAGUUUAAAAAACAAAAAAUCUGGCGGCGGACCAGGGUAUGGGUCAAAAUUCCGGGGGAUUUUUUCCCCCGCCAGGGGAUAUGGCAUGUAUGCGUGACACUGCUCAAACCCACUUUUGUUUAACUUUGUCUUACCAUUUUUAACCAGGUUUUCAACGAAAACCGGGUUAUUAGAAUGAGGUUGUCGUUGGGCGGGCGGGCGUCAAACAUUGGUUUCUGUUCAAUAACUUUAGUUAGCAUUGAUAGAUAUUGAUGAAACUUGGUGUGUAGGUAGCUUAUGGAAAGAGUUGGGAUUGCUUUUGAGGGGGGUGGGGCUACGGUCAAGGUCACUGUUACUAAAAUUAGAAAAAUGGUUUCUGCCCAAUAACUUUAGUUAGCAUUGAUAGAUAUUGACGAAAGUUGGUGUGUAGGUAGCUUAUGUGAAGAGCUAGCUUGGGAUUGCUUUUGAGGGGCGUGGGGCUAAGGUCAAGGUCACUUUUACUUAAAAUAGAAAAAUGGUCACGGUCACUGUUACUUAAAAUAGAAAAAUGGUUUCUGCCCAAUUACUUUAGUUAGCAUUGACAGAUAUUGAUGAAACUUGGUGUGUAGGUAGCAUGUGAAGAGCUAGCUUGGGAUUGCUUUUGAGUGGGGAGGGGCUACGGUCAAUGUCACUGUUACUUGAAAUAGAAAAAUGUUUUUUGCCAAAUAACUUUUGAUAGCAUUGAUAGAUAUUGAUUAAACUUGGUGUGUGGGUAGCUUAUGUAAAGAGCUAGCUUGGGAUUGCUUUUGAGGGGGAUGGGGCUAAGGUCAAGGUCACUGUAACUAAAAAUUUAAAAAUGGUGUCCGCCCAAUAACUUUAGUUAGCAUUGAUAGAUAUUGAUAAAACUUGGUGUGUAGGUAGCUUAUGUACAGAGCUAGCUUGGGAUUGCUUUUGAGGGGGGUGGAGCAAAGGUCAAGGUCACUGUUACUAAAAAUAGAAAAAUGGUUUCUGCCCAAUAACUUUAGUUAGGAUUGAUAGAUAUUGACGAAAUUUGGUGUGUAGGUACUAGUAGCUUAUGUGAAGAGCAAGCUUGGAAUUUCUUUUGAGGGGGGUGGGGUCAAGGUCACUGUUACUAUAAAUAGAAAAAUGGUUUCUGCCCAAUAACUUUAGUUAGCAUUGAUAGAUAUUGAUGAAACUUAGAGCGAAGGUAGCUUAUGUGAAGAGCUAGCUUGGGAGGUGGGGUCAAGGUCACUGUUCCUAAAAAUAGAAAAAAUGUUUUUCUGCCCAACAACUUAGUUAGAGUUGAUGGAUAGUGAUGAAUCUUAGUGUGAAUAUAGCUUAUAUGAAGCUGCAGAUUGAACUUGCUCAUACAACAAAUUAAUUGGCUAUAAUUUCUGAUUGCCCAUAACAAAAACCUGGUUUCGUCGCAUUGCGGCCCUUCUAGUUUCUUUUAUGAUUGAUUAAAGAAUAUUAUUGAACAUCAAUUUAUGUUUUUACUGCAUUAAACUGCAUUUAUGUUGAUUUUUAAUUCAAUAUAUAAUAGAAUUGUUUUUAUUAAGUGUGACACUUAACAGACCUUGGUCCAAUUUCUCGAAACUUCUGAAGUUGCUUACUCGUAUAACAUGAUAAAGCUAAGCUUACUAUUUUAGUUUUCCUAUAAUUCAUGUAUUAUUUAGUUCUUAAAGAUAAUUUAUACUUUAAAGAAAAUGAGCUAUUCUUCAUUCAUCACAAUCAAAUAUUAGUAUGUAUUUUGUUUAGAUGAAUUAAACUAUUUAAACCUAUUAAGCAUAAAACGUUUCGAGAAACUGGGUCCAUGGACUGUAGUGAUUUUACAUCUUCAGUCAUUUCUUAACUUAAGUUGAUUUCCUUAAAUUUGCAUACCUGUAGUCAAAUUUAAAGAAAUGUAGAAGUAUUUUUAACAUAAAAGUAUAUGAAUUACAUAAAAUAAAUAAACAGUGGUGUUUUAGAUUUUAUAUCAAAUGACGUAAAAGAGAUACUUAAGUUUGGAAAAUUGCUUAAGUUAGGAAAUGACUUUAGAUGUUUUAUGAAUACCGGUCCCAGGGCCCAAUAUCACAAAAAUACCUCAGUUGCAUCUCAAUAUCAAUUUUAACUUUUUUUCACAGUAUAACAUAAUAAAUGUAAUUAAAUGUGUUCUCUUAUAGAUAAUGUUGAGUAAAAUAUGGUCAACGUUUUACAGUAAAAUAUUUCCGUAAUUGCUUGCUUCAAACUUAUUAUUUUUAAAAUAUCACUCAAAAGCAUUUCGUGCUCUAGAAAAAAUUAAGAAUUGAUUCUUAUUUUUGUGCUUUCAUGCAGUAUAAAUGCUCAGCUGUGAUUUUGCAAAUCCAUAAAACUUACAUUUUCCCCUCUUCAUUACUUAAGUUCUAGUGGUAAUUAUGAUUUUGGUUGUACAAAUGUUUAUGUUUAUCAUGAAGAUUAUUGAGAUCUUUUAAUUUUUGUUUUACACAUGCAUGAUCCAGGUCUUUUCUUGGGAAACUCAGCCUAAAGAGGUCACACAAGGCCAACAGGUCAUGCAAAAUGAAAGAAAUCUUAUCCUAAGUGAUUGUUGAAAAAUGAUCACCAAAUUAUGAUUUGCUAUUAUAAGGGACACAAUAUAGACUGAUCUAAAAAAACAUAUUUUCACACUCACAGAUUUACCGUUUUGACAACUUUUUUUAUUUUUUGUCUUGGAACGAGCAAAUUUUUGUGAAAAUCCAUGGAAAUCAGUGAUACAAGACUGCUGACAAAAAAUCAGAUCGCAGAUUUUUAUAUAUAAGUUCAAAAAUUGAUAUUUUAUGCAUUUUUCUUAAACCGUUACUACCAUAAAACAUUAAUUUUCAAACGAAAAUAUGAAAAUCUGCGAUCUGAUUUUUUGUCAGCAAUAUUAUAUCAUUGGUUGGCAGAUGUUUACGCAAAAAACUGCUCUCUCCAAGACAAAAAAACAAAAAAGUUGUAAAAAUGGUAAAUCUGUGAGAGUGCAGCAUUAAAUGAUAAAAACUUAAAAAGCAUAUUUAUGAUUUGUGUACAGAUGAAAACUAUAAGCGAUUUUUUAUCACUUUCACUGGGGCAUUUGUGACUAUAUAGCUUUUAAUUUUCAAAUAUUUUUUUUUAUAUAUAAAGGCUUUUAUUUUUUGGUUUUUAACAUUAAAGUUAAAUGGGUUGAGCAUAAUAAUGCAUUAAAAUUAAAGAUUUGUUAGUUUUAACAUUAUAUAUUUUACAACGAUUUUGAAGAAAGUUAUGAUAACUUAUACUCAGUCAAUCUCAUUGGCACGCUGUUGCGAGAGAGUGUGGUCUUAAUUGUGUUGUGGGGAAAACCUGGAGAAAAUCGACUUGUCCAUCUUGGUGACCGCUAACCAGACUCACAUGUGCUCAGGUCAGGAUUCGAACCUGGGUCGCCUUGGUGGGAAGGAGAAAAUCGACUUGUCCAUCUUGGUGACCGCUAACCAGACUCACAUGUGCUCAGGUCAGGAUUCGAACCUGGGUCGCCUUGGUGGGAAGCGAGAUUUGUUCUGCAUCCACCUGUAUUGUGUUGUUUAAAAUUCACCUUCUAGUCCUAGGUAGGCCAAACAUCUCUUAACAGCAUAACAAACAUGUGUACUUUGCCUAUACAUGAACAUGUGCCAAUACAUGAACAUGUGCCAUAAUAUAAUAAUAAAACUAUGCCAAUUAGCAGCAAUGUAGUUAUUUUGUGUAAAUUCUGUUCAAUAUUGACAAUUCACUUAGAUCUUGUGUGGCUGUAAUUUUAGGGAAAGCCAAGAAGGGAAGAAUUAUAUUUUUAUGAUAAAAUUGAUAAUUUCUAGUCUAGUUUUAAAUAUAAUGGUAAUAUAACUGAAUGUAAAGAUAAUGACUAUGCAUUAUUUACCUGACAUAAUGAAAACACAUAUUGUAUGCAAGGUAGUAUAAAUAAAAAUGUGUUUUUUUCCUAUUUUUGUUUGAACAGUAUUAAUUGUCAAUGCCAGGGCGCAUGCCUUGCCUUGUAUUAUCUAUAUGUUUACACUGGUGGUUUGUUUUUUAUGUAACAUUUUCAACACAAAAAAUAAACAUUCAAAAUAUUUUAUAAAUUGUCAUAUUGCAAUGCAAGACGUUUACUUUGUCCAAAAAUGUUCUUAGCCAUAUAUAGUUGAUGCAGAUACUUUUUAAAUAUACAAUUUCAACACAUUUGUGAACUCAAACAUGGUUAUUGUAAAGAAUAAAAGGUUAUUGUAAUAAACGUAUUUUACUGAC